GCCGCCUUUGGCGCCCCCAAAUUAAAAGGGAGGAGACGCUCGCAGACAAGAUGGAGCCUCUCGGCCAUUUUUAGAUGGGAUCGCGCUUCCGUCCUCCCGAUCUCUCCCUCGCCUCGGUGGAGGAUGGUUGCGACGCCUCGAGGCCGCCGCUGCCGCCCAUGGCGAACCCUAGCUCAUCAGCAGGACUUGCUGAACAUAAGGUUCAGCUGGUACGGACUUGUAAAUCACCCAAAGAUAUGAGCAACAAAGAUAAUAUUUCCACUAUUGAAGAAGAUGGUUUGGAUGUUUCAACCUUCUGCAAGGUGGAAUCAAUGCAGAAGAGGAGCAAAAAGUCUGGACGGUGUAAUCUGAGGAAAAGCUUAGCUUGGAACCAAGCAUUCCUAACCGAAGAAGGUGUGCUAGAUCCACUGGAGCUGUCUAUCCUCGGUGGGUCUUCCAUGAAGCAGAAGGAGAGUGUUCUCUCUGUAAUUAAUGGACAACUGUCACCACUAUUGGGGUUCCAUAAGUCAGAUGUUACAACGCCAUGUGAUGCUGUUGGACAGAAGACUAUUGGCAAAAUGCAUGUGCAAUCUGGAGGAAGAAAAUUGAAAGAUUGCAAUUUAAUUGGCAAGUUUGAUGCAUCAAUUCAGGAAGAACAGCAAGAGUUGAUGGUCUCAGGAGUUAUAUCAACGAGCAAGCGCUCGACAAAAAGUGUGCCACGACUACCGGCUGCAUCUUCAUAUCCUUUUACAUUCCUUUUCCAAAAAAAAUAUGUGGAUACUUAUUAUCAGAGGGGGUUUGACAGAUUCUAGAUCUUUUUCAUUUGCCUAAUUUUUUUUAAUAAAUUUAAUAUUCAUUAGUUGCUCUAUUUAUGGAGGUAAGGAUUCAUAUAUUGACCCUCCUCAUUGCUUCAUUCACUGAUUCGUC